AUGUCUCCUCCUGUAUCCUCCUCCUGUCUCCACCUCCUGUCUCAACCUCCUGUCUCCUCCUCCUGUCUCCUCCUCCUGUCUCCACCUCCUGUCUCCUCCUCUUGUCUCCACCUCCUGUCUCCUCCUACUGUCCUCACCUCCUGUCUCCUCCUCCUGUCUCCUCCUCUUGUCUCCACCUCCUGUCUCCUCCUCCUGUCUCCACCUAAUGUCUUCUCCUCCUGUCCCCACCUCCUGUCUCCUCCUCCUGUCUCCUCCUCCUGUCUCAACCUCAUGUCUAAACCUCCUGUCUCCUCCUCCUGUCUCCACCUAAUGUCUCCACCUCCUGUCUCCUCCUCCUGUCUCCACCUCCUGUCUCCUCCUCCUUUCUCCACCUCCUGUCUCCUCCUCCUCCUGUCUCCACCUCCUGUCUCCUCCUCCUAUCUCCACCUCCUAUCUCCACCUCCUGUCUCCUCCUCCUGUCUCCUCCUCCUGUCUUCACCUCCUGUCUCCUCCUCCUGUCCCCACCUCCUGUCUCCUCCUCCUGUCCCCACCUCCUGUCUCCUCCUCCUGUCUCCUCCUCCUGUCUCCACCUAA